AUGCAUGACAUGGUUCAUGAUUUUGCACAAUAUCUUACAAAGAGAGAAUGUUCUGUGGUGGAGGUUGAUGGGGAGUUAGCUGUAAAUUUGGGAUCGUCUUAUAAAACGAUUCGUCAUUUGACCCUGGUACGCGCAGAAGACGCCGGCUUUCCUACUUCCAUUGCUAAUGCACAAAAACUACACUCAUUUUGGGUUCAGUCAUUCUUUGAUACGCCUUCACUUGUAAGUGAACUGGACAGGAUUGAGCCAGAUUUAUGCAAUCGCUUGGCAUGUCUCAAGGCGUUAGAUUUAAGUCGCAACAGGUUGGGUAAACUUCCAGAAGAAGUUGGGAAGUUGAUUAGAUUGAAGUUCCUCAACUUAUCCCAUAACCCAUUCUGGGAGUUGCCUUCAACGUUGUGUGAUUUGUAUAAUUUACAAACCUUGAAUCUUUCUGCCUGUGACAAGCUUGGAAAACUGCCUCAAGAAAUGGGGAAAUUAGUAAAUUUGAGGCACCUUGAGAUAGAUUGCACUGAUAGUCUUAAAACAUUACCAAAAGGGAUUGGCAACUUGAGCUCACUUCAGACGUUGAGCAAAUUCGUCAUUGUUCGUGGUAGUGAUGUUGAAACAGCGACAUGCGGGCUAGAGGAUUUGAAAAACUUGAAGAACCUUCGAGGAUGUCUCAAAAUCGAAGGAUUGGGUUACGAGACAAAUGCUGCUGAGGCACAGAUAGCAGAGUUGAGUGAAAAGAAACAUAUUUCGGACUUGCACCUCGACUUCGACCCUAAGGCUCGAACAGGCAACCAAGAUGAAGUGAUUGAAGCUCUUCAGGUGCACCCUGGACUUCCGUCCCUAGCAACUCUCCACAUAGAUGGUCUGCAUAAUCUGAAAUCUCUUGGGCUUGAAUUUUUGGGGAUAACAAAAAAUGUGAAUGAUCAAAUCACAACAGAUAGCAAAGAUAUAUCGUUGGCAUUGCCAUCAGCUCAAAAUAUUGCAUUCCCGAAGUUGAAGAAACUGAAAAUUUCAAACAUGGGAAGUUGGGAAGAAUGGAACAUGAUCAAAGCUGCAGAUGAAAACAUCAAGAUCAUGCCUAGACUCCACUUUUUGAAACUUUACAAUUGCAGCAAUCUGAAGGCACUACCGCAUCCUCUCUUCAAGGCGGCACCAAUAAGGAAGUUGCGUAUCCAGAAUUGUCCGCUCAUACAGCAGAAAUACAAGAAGGAAAAUGGAGACCAAUACUGGAUCAGUAUUUCCCACAUCCCAAAGCUCCAAAUCUCGUAG